AUGAGUGUCCUAGUUCCUAGAGAUAGUGAACAGAAAGAAAUGGAGAAGCUUGUUCAGGGAGAUCAAGAUAAGACAGAGCAGUUAGAGCAUCUGAAAAAAGAAAAUGACCACCUCUUUCUCAGUUUAACUGAACAGAGGAAGGACCAGAAAAAGCUCGAGCAGACAGCGCAGGAGAUGAAGCAGAAUGAAACUACUGCAAUGAAGAAGCAACAGGAAUUAAUGGAUGAAAACUUUGACCUGUCAAGAAGACUGAGUGAGAACAAAAUGAUAUGUAAUGUUCUGCAGAGAGAAAAAGAGAGAUUAGAAGGAGAAAAUGAUCUUUUGCAGAGGGAGAACAGCAGAUUGCUCAGUUACAUGGGUCUGGAUUUUAAUUCUUUGCUGUAUCAAGUACCUACAUCAGAUGAAGGAGGCGCAGGACAAAAUCUAGGACUUGUCUAUGGAAACCCAUAUUCUGGUAUCCAAGAAAGUUCUUCCCCAAGCUCACACUCCAUCAAGAAAUGCCCCAUCUGCAAAGCAGAUGAUAUUUGUGAUCACACCUUGGAGCAACAGCAGAUGAACGCCCUUCGUCUGAAUUGUCUAAUUUGUGGCAAGACCUUCCCGGCAAGAGAGAAGCAGAUCUUUGAAGACCACGUGUUCUGCCACUCUCUAUGAUCAUCCCAGCCUCUUGGAUAUAUACAGAGAUAUUAUACAGUAGAACCUAUAGCUUCUA